GGAGCCCCACCAUCAGUGACAUACGCCACCGCUGCGCGCUUGUUGCCUUCCACUUAGAUUUCGCGACGACCUCGUUCCUUCUCUGCGACAACAGUUGAUUCUGACUGCGCCAAACGUUCCACCACCCCUUCGCGUCUGUCUUUCUCAGCCGUUUGUACGAUACAACUACCGACGGUUCUUACUCUUAAUCAACAGACUCGCCCAACAUGUCCGAACGCAAAGUGCUCCAGAAGUACUACCCCCCGGAUUUCGAUCCCUCUUCUCUCACGCGCAAGCGUGGACCGAAGCAGACCGGCCCCAAGGUCCAAACAGUCCGCAUCAUGGCACCGUUUUCGAUGAAGUGCACAACCUGCGGAGAGUACAUCUACAAAGGAAGGAAAUUCAAUAGCAGAAAGGAAACGAACCAAGCGGAAAGGUAUCUCAACAUUCAGAUUCACCGCUUUCAUAUUAAAUGCACUAGAUGCUCGGCGGAAAUCAUCUUCAGGACGGACCCCAAGAUCGCCGACUAUGCCGUGGUUAAGGGCGCGCUGCGCAAUAUGGAGCCCUGGCGUAACAAGGAGGGUGAGAAGGAGAGUGUCGACGAAAGGUUGGACAGACUGGAGCGUGAGGAGGCCGAGGCCGCGGGCGAGGAGGAGAAGAACGCGAUGGCGGACUUGGAGGCCAAGAACGAGGACGCAAGAAGGGAGAUGGCGGCUGCGGACGCACUCGACGAGAUCCGGCAGCGCAACGCGCGCAUUCAGCGGUCGGAGAAGGAUGGUAUCGACUUCUCCGAGUACGUUGUACGGCCUGAGGAGGAGGAGAAGGCGAGGUUGGAGAGGGAGGAUGAGGAGGCCGCGAGGAGAGCGUUUGCUGCUGCGCGGGAGAGGGCCUCUCUGAUGGACCUUGGGGAAGAGAUUAUCGAUGACGAUGGCGAUGUCGCUGAGGCGGAAGUUAACGGCGAUGCGGCUACAUCAUCAGGGUCAGGGGACAGGACGGAGACCGCGGGAGCGAAGGCCGUGAGGGAUACUUCGACAAUGCCGCCGCCACCGCCUCCGGCCAAGCGGGUGGUGAAGAAGAAGAAGGACUACUCUGCGGCGCUUGGCAUCAAGAAGAAGCCGUCGCUAGUGUGAGGGAGGCGUGGCUGCAGAAUUCCUGCCCCCCUGAGGAAUUUUACACUCGACGGUCCCAAUAAACCUAAACGUCUGGGCCCCAUCUACAAUGCCUUACUUGGCUCGUCGUCUGUGCGGAUGCCUCCCCCCGUUUCCGAAACGCCAUGCCCCGAAGUAAAAUAAGCCCCAGAGUCACCAGCCCUAUGCGUUUUCGAGAAGAUGACGUGCAACCGCGUUAAUUACGCCGCAGCUUGGGCGCAAUGGCACGGAACGGUCCAACCCCCCCCCCCCCCCC